CUACUACAUUACUCGACACACGCUUGAGGGAUUCGACCCGAGAAUCACAUCACUAAUUAAAAGUGACCAUUUCUUUUCCGCUCCAUACAUCUUCCGGCGGUUGGAAGUGACUGGAGUUCUCGAGGGCAGUCGUCGCCUUUUCCGUCAACUGACGCUUUUGUUGGCCGCGAGACGAGGCGUGGAUGAGCAUUUGUACUGCACAUACGCACGCCAGGCAACACAAUGAGUUGCGACGUGAUGAAACUGAAACUGAACGAACUGAAGGGCGAGCUCCAGCGACGCGGCUUGAACGCCACAGGCCUAAAAGCGGACCUGAUGCAGCGGCUUCAGAUGGCCCUGGAGAAGGAACCCCUCACGGACUCGCAAGCCGAGGCCUUUGCUGGAAGCGACAGCAAUGCACUGCUACAAGACAACAAAUGCAGCGAUUCGGGCAGCUACUCCAAGGAAGCGGAGGCAGAGUCAAAGCCGGCGUCUGAGUCCGGCCGCAGCGUGCUAGAUUUUGGUGCAGACGGCAUCCUUCCCACAACUGCUGCCGUGGACAAGGUGGUUGUUAAACUUGAACCGAAUGAGGAGGAACACGUCAGCAUCAGAAGAGGGCGCGGCACUGCAGUUUCGUGGCCUGCAGAAAUUGAAGAAGACCUCACAAUUAAGGGCGGCCCAGAGAUGGGCGCCGAGGCGGGUUGGGACACCAUUGUGUCCGAGCCGAACAAUGAACAAGAUGGCAGGGGGCUGGCAGAGCAGUUGAAGGCGCAGCCCGAGAGAAGUGAGCAGUAUAGCCGAAAGCGAAGACACGGGGAAAGCAGGGGCCACAACCACUUUGAACGGCACGAGAAAAGGAGCCCUACGAUGGCCCCCAAGCAUCCUGCACCUCCGAAGGCUUCUGGUAGAAAGCUUAAGCGCCACAGGAAGAUGCUGACCAUUCAAGAGAAGAUCAAACUCCUGGAUAUGCUUCGGGAAGGACGGAGUUACGCCAGCGUCGCUCGACAUUACGGCUUAAAUGAAUCGACUGUACGCUGCAUCAGGAAAGAGGAAAAGAAAAUAAGAUACACCGCAUCGGUAUCCUUCAACCGUUCAGCCAAAAGAGCGGUAACCUGUCAAAACGCAACCCUCAUUCGGAUGGAAUCCGCGUUGGAUCUUUGGAUCACUGACUGCAGAAAGAAAAACGUUCCUUUGGACAUGGACAUACGAGAGAAGGCUAGACAGCUUUUUGCCAUGAUUGCGGAAGAUGCUGACAACCAUUGCGAUUAUGAAAAACCUCAAGCAAGAUCAUCCGCAACCCAAUCUGCCACCAACCCCACUGAAUUUUAUGCCAGCAAGGGUUGGUUGCACAGAUUUAAAAAACGCUUCAAUCUCAAGAAACUUCCCCUGUGCGGUGAAGCUGCAUCUGUGGAAGACGACGAGUACAACAAGGAGACAUUCAAGUCAAUCAUUGAAGGGGGAGGUUACAAGCCCGAACAAGUCUUCAACAUGGAUGAAACUGCCUUGUAUUGGAAGAGCAUUUCUUCUCGUACCACCAUCAUGGACGAAGGAGCCAGAGCCUCUGGAUUCCAAGCUCCCAAAGACAGAUUGAGUUUGAUCAUGUGCGUCAACGCUGCUGGCUACAUGAUAAAGCCGGCGCUAAUUUGCAAGUCCAAGAACCCCAGGUCACUGAAGAACAAAAACAAAAACCUACUACCCGUUUAUUGGAUGCACAACCCCAGAGGUUGGAUUUCAAAAGUCCUCACAUGUGACUGGUUCUACCACUGCUUCAUUCCAGCGGUCAAGGUGUACCUCGUCCAAGCUGGGUUCGAGUUCAAGGUGCUGUUACUGAUGGACAACACAGGAGGCCACACGCUGAAUCUAUCCCACAAAGGCGUUCGGAUCGAGUUCCUCCCGCGAAACGCGGCGCCAUCGUUUCACCCGAUGGCUCAAGGCAUCAUGCGUGCCUUCAAGGCUCUGUACGCACGUAAUAUCCUCCGCCACCUCGUCGAGGCAAUGAGUUUUGACGAAACCUUCACGCCGGAGACGUGCUGGCGGGAUUACACCAUGGCAAGGUGUCUCCAAAAUAUCCAAAAGGCCGUGAAGGAAAUGAAGAAGGAAACCGUAAAUGCCUGUUGGGGAAAGCUGUGGCCCGAUUGUGUCCAGAAUGAUGUCGGUUUCUCCCCAGACCAAAUUUGUCUGUCGGCAGUUAGCGAGGCAGUCGAACUGGCCAAGUUGCUCAGAGGGGAAUGCUUCAACGGAGUGACUCGUGACGACAUCAAUGACCUCAUCGACACGCACGCAAAUCCACUAACGAACGAAGAUUUGAUUGAAAUAACGAAAGCCAAAGGUGAGGAGGAGGAGGAGGCGGAGGCAGGAGCGGAUCCAUCGGAAGAAGACGACGGUGACCUCUCACUUGAACGACUGACAAACAUGGUGACAGCUGCUGAACAGCUGCAGGGAAUGGCGGAAGAUUACGAUCCCCAAAUGGCCCGGGUGUUGCAGUUUCAAAACGCCAUCGAGGGAGCUAUUGAAGUCUAUAAAGACCUCCUGGUACAGAAGAAACAAUGUCAGCACCGACCUGUAAGGGUCCCGAAGAAGGAAAAAGGGCACACCUGUGCCGCCGUAAAGGAUUCAAAUCCCGCAGCAGGGUACCACUCCUGAAGAGCCGCCUUCAGAAGAGCUAUCGUACAUUCUACAAGGAUCCCCCUCCAGUUGGGACUCUGCAGAGGAAAGUGAUUCCAGUUCCACACUUGUUGACAGUUUGAACAAAGAUCAUAUGUGGAGUAGCAUGGAUGAGGAAGUUAGUAGCUGGCACGAAGCCGG